GCCGCUCUCAGCAGAAAAGUCUCCAGCUUGCCGCUUGAGCAGUGAGAACACAGGCCUCUAUGAUUCCCCAGUCCUCUUCUUGGCCGAAGACGGUGCUGCGGAAAUGGCUCAACAUAAGGAGCGGGGAGUUCUACUCCGACUGCAACAAGGAGGAGUUCGCGGAGAUGCAGAGGCUAAGGAAGAGCUGCUCCGACAAGAACGGCAGCGAAUGGUCGAUAAUGGUCUCCGAAGAUGUCAAACGACCCGAGACCAGUUCCGUGGCUGCGUCUUCUUCUCCCAUCGAUAACCUCAAGCUGUUCGUCGGGACGUGGAACGUGGGAGGGCGAGCCCCGCAUGGGGAGCUCCUCCUGAGAGAUUGGCUGAUGAGCUCGCCUUCUUCCCCCGACAUCUUUGUCAUCGGGUUCCAGGAAAUCGUCCGCUUGAACGCCGGGAACGUGCUGGGGGCAGAGGACAGUGGCCCCGCUCGCAGGUGGCUGUCCCUCAUUCGCCAGGCAUUGAACUGCCACGAGCCGGGCCCGCCACCCGCCACCAGCACCGUGACCGCCGCCGGAAUCCCCUCGCUGGUGGACCAGAAGCCCAGACUCAGCAUCUCCGAUCUCUUAUGCUUGGAAGUUGAAGACGACGAAGCCGACGCCGCGAGGAGCACGAAUCCGUACUCCGGCGGGGAGUACCGUCUCGCGGCGAGCAAGCAGAUGGUGGGCGUCUUCCUGUGCGUGUGGGUGCGAGCCAGCCUCGUGCGACAUGUCGCCGACAUUAAGGUCUCCUGUGUCGGGAGGGGCAUCAUGGGCUACAUGGGAAACAAGGGAUCGGUGUCGAUCAGUAUGACGGUCCAGCGGACGACGUUCUGCUUCGUCUGCACGCAUUUGGCGUCCGGAGAGAGAGACGGCGACGAAGUCCGGAGGAACUCAGACGUUGCGGAGAUCACGAAGAGGACCCGAUUUACUGGAUGCUCACCGGAGACGAUUCUGGAGCACGAUAAGAUCGUAUGGCUGGGAGAUCUCAAUUACCGGCUAGCUGCCACCUUCGGCGACACCCAUGAACUGUUGCAGAAGAAAGACUGGCGAUCGUUGCUGGGGAAGGAUCAGCUCCGGAUCGAACAGAGAGCCGGCCGUGCCUUCGCUGGUUGGGAGGAAGGGCAGAUACGUUUCCCGCCGACGUACAAAUACCUCGCCAAUUCCGAUGUUUAUGCAGUCAAGCCCGGCAAACCCAGGCGAACGCCAGCUUGGUGCGACCGAAUCCUGUGGCGAGGGAAAGGAAUGAAGCAAAUGUGGUACGUCAGAGGCGAGUCGCAGUUCUCCGACCACCGCCCUGUCUACUCCCUCUUCUCCGUGCAAGUAGACGACGAAGCAAGAAGCGGCGAUGUUGGAACGACAGCCACUGUCACGGCAGCAAAGAGUUCCAGCAACAGCAGCUCAUCAUCUUCAUCAUGGGGGAGGGUGCAGGCCGAAGAGCUGCUCCUCUUUACAGGAACACAAGGCCGUCGUCUGCAAGCCGCCAGAUAUUGACACACGUAGUCGAACUUAAGCUCUCAUUCAUUAUUUCUUCGUCCACCAAACCAACCACAAGAAACAGCGACAGCAGGUGGAGUCGCUCCCACGCAGCUGCAGCGGCGUGCAGUGUAUCGAUUCCGUAAGGCAAACAUCCGCGAGCGGGACGCUUAGUGGAAGACAAAGCGGUGGCGUUGCAGCUUUGGUAGCUCUUCUAAGUAUUGUGGUAACCAAACCGAGGAGAAAACAGGAUAAUGAUUGGGUGCGCUGCAAGCAGAAAAAAUGGUAGAGAAUAAGCUCGAUUAAUAGCAACAGUGGAAGGGUUGCUUUGUAACAUGGAGAUCAAAUCGAGUUUGUGGGAAUGUUUCAAUCCGAUUUGAGGAGCGU